AUGGGUAUUUCUCAGCCUUUAAGUGGAAAGCUGAGUGGCCGUGUUUCUGUUGGAGACACUAAAGCUCAGCUAAACAAUGUGGACAUCCAUGGCUUUGCUGUGGUGGGAGAAGGACGUGUAUACAUCUCCAUCAGUCCUGUCCCAACUCAGGCAGGUUGGGCUUUGAUGGCUGUGGGCCCGCUGGUCUCCAUAUUUGGUUGGCUGUUUGCUCUUGAGCUCCAAGACCAUCCGAAUGGCUUCAGCAUAACUGGUGCUGAGUUUUCUCAAUGGGCAGAACUGGUUUUCAGCCCACAAGGACAGCAUGUUACUAUUAUUCAAGAGGCUCAAGGAUUGGAUUCAUUCAACCACUUGAAUUUUGACAUAAGGAUCAAUGGAGAUUUACCUACCAUUCCCAGUGGUGCUAAAGUUCAUAUUCUGCCAUAUAAAGAGACCUAUCAAUACAACCAAUCAGGUAAUUCUUUUGUGACAUCAUCUUCACUGCGAGAGUACAUGGUGGUGUCAGAAAAUGGUGGAUCUGAGACAUUCUCCUACCUGCUACACCAGAAUGUGAGUUUCCGUAACUGUGAGCAUGGCCCAUGGACCAUACCGGACUUUCAGCAAGUCAAUGUGGAGCAUUUGAUGGUCAUGUUCACUGAAGGAACCACGCUUAGAUUUGCCAUAACCAACCAAGUGGGACCUGUAGGAGGUGAGCUCCCUGGGCUUGUGGAGUUGAACCCCUGUUCAACUGGGAAGCACCAUUGUGACCCCAUGGCCCUCUGUCUGCCAGGGGACGGCACUCAGUACCACUGUCAGUGUGCCAUGGGCUUUCAGGGGGAUGGACGCAACUGCUAUGAUGUAGAUGAGUGUGCUGAGGGACUCAGUUCCUGCGGUCCUCACUCUGAGUGUGUGAACAUGCCGGGUGGCCAUCACUGCCACUGUGAAUCUGGCUUUGAGUUUGACCUCGAUUUGCAUGUGUGUGUAGAUAUUAAUGAGUGUUUCCUGCAGCUCUGUCAUCCGUUUGCUUCCUGCUCCAACACCCAGGGCUCGUUCCACUGUCAGUGCUGGCCUGAAUACAAGGGCGACGGCUUCCUCUGCCAACCACCACAGAAGCCCAAACCCCCAUUAACUGUGUGCCAGCAGCACAGAGAUAGUCUGCAAGAGAGUCUAAGCAUCUACCAAGGCCUUGAGGCCUUCAUUCCUCAGUGUGAUGAGAAAGGGCAGUACAAACCCCUGCAGUGUCUGGGCACCACUGGCCACUGCUGGUGUGUGGACAGUAGAGGGCAGGAGAGAUUGGGCACCAGGACAAUGCCUGGCACAGUGCAUGCCAACUGUGAUCAGCCAGCUGCCCUGGUUCCUCGUGUGGAGACUGUGUGCGAGCGCUGGAGGCUUUCACUCAUGAGUCACUAUAAUGGUCAGCCGUCCUCUCAGGACUACAUGCCCCUGUGUGACACUCAAGGGAAUUUCCUGCCUGUGCAAUGUUAUGGCAUCAGCAGUUUCUGCUGGUGUGUGGAUCAUCAAGGCGUGGAAAUUAUUGGAACACGAUCCUACGAUGAUGUAAAGCCCCCCUGUAUCUCAGAUGAUGCCCCCCCACUGAACAAUGCAUUGAUGUAUCCUGUCAUAAGCUCAUCCCCUUCAGGACCUGCUAUCCUUUAUGCACAAGCCUCACAGAUUGGAGUUAUUCCUCUUGAUGAAACAGACCCAGUUCAAGAAAAAUCCACUGUUUUACUGGCCUUAAAGGACUCCGUUGUGAUUGGAAUGGAUUAUGACUGUCAGGAGAACAUGUUAUAUUGGACAGAUUUUGGACGACAUACCAUUAACAGAGUGGUCUUAGAAUUUGGGUCUGAGCCAGAGGCUAUUAUCAGCCAAGGCUUGGUCCAGCCAGAGGGAAUUGCAGUGGACACUGUGCACAGGAAGCUGUUCUGGGUAGACAGUGGGAAAGACAGGAUUGAGACAUCUGGUCUGGAUGGCAGGAACAGAAAAGUGCUGAUUGAUUCUGAUUUGGUCAAUCCCAGAGCCAUCACAGUGGACGCUAAGAGGAGAACCUUAUAUUGGACCGACUGGAACCGUGAUGCUCCCAAAAUAGAGAGCUCAUCACUGGAGGGACGUAAGAGGAAAGUACUGGUGCAAGUGGGUCUCAUGUUGCCCAAUGCCUUGACACUGGACUUAACCACAAAUCAGCUGUGCUGGGCAGAUGCAGGAUCAAAGAAACUGGAGUGCAUAUCUCCAGAUGGGACUCAGAGACAUGUGUUCCAGGAUGCUUUGGACUAUCCGUUCAGUCUGGCCAUCUAUAACAGCCACUUUUACUACACUGACUGGGAGAGAGAUGGGAUACUGGUGAUAGAUCAAAUCACUAGGAAAAACACAGCUUAUGUCCCUAUUCAGCAGUCACACUUGUAUGGGAUUACAGUAAUUCCAUCACAAUGUCUAUAGCGACAUCUCUCCUCAUCUCUGAUGACAUUUUUACUGGCGUGAGGGCGGGACAACCUGUCACUCACAUGAGAUCGACCAAUAGCAAACCACAAUCAUCCAAUCAAUUCCCCAUGGACAAGUCUGCCCUAUAUUUGAAGUCGCUUCACUCAUCCCAAAAGGAAAGAAAAAACUAUAGCAAAUUUCAUUUUGUGCCUACUUUUAAGAACAUGCAAAUAAAAAUGUGAAACAUUUGCUAUUGCACUUUAACAGAGAACUGAUAGCAUUCAAGCUACAAUUAAAAGUGAGUGCGGACCCUUUUGUUCUGGGUGACAGAAGUUCAUGCCAACAAAAGUAGGAACAGAUAGUUUCUUCCAUAUUGUGAUUGUGAAUUAUCAAGAAAAAAAAAAAGAAGGUGAAUGGGUUUUUGAGAUGUGUGCAUUGCAAUCAAAAAUUGAGGCAGGUCUGAAUGCAAGCUUGCAGUUAUGAAAAUUUCAAGCAAUAACAUGCAUUUAGAAAAUACAUAGAGCGAACUUUUAUUUCAUAUUGACUUUAAAGGUGCAGUGUGUAAAUUUUAGCGCCAUCUAGCAGUGAGGUUGCGAACUGCAACCAACGGCGCUCACC